AAGAUUGCGAUUCUGACGGAUAUUGCGCGGGGCAUGAGCUUCAUUCACGCACUCGGUCACCUUCACCGGGACCUCAAGUCGGGCAAUGUACUGGUCACAGCGCACCCGCACCGAGCCAAGGUGGCUGAUUAUGGCACGGUGGUGUUUUCCUCAGCGGCGCUCAAUGCGCCGGAGAAGGGUCUGGAUGAAGCCCCCGGCAGCCUGACGCUGACGGCGGGUGUGGGCACGCCGCUGUAUUCUGCGCCGGAGCUAUUACGGGGUGGCUCGUACGGCCAACCGAUUGAUGUCUACUCUUUUGGCUGCAUCAUCUUUGAGCUGCUAUUUGAGACGUCCCCAGACUUGCUGGACCUGUAUGAAAUUCCG